AUGUCGCAAGGCCCCUCUGUAACAGACGGCGCGGUCGCGUCGGUCUCGGGGGCCGAGAAACACGCGAGAAUUGACGCCUCAGGCAGAAAUGAACCAAAGCUGCGCAGCUGCGUCGUAUGCCGAAGCCGUAAAGUUCGCUGCGACAAGCGAGCGCCUUGCUCUAAUUGCCGUCGCGCCAACAUCGCCUGUGUGUUUCCACCGACGGACCGCCCGCCAAGAUGGGCUCGCCGUCUCGACCGCAACAGCCCGUCAUCCAACCCACAGACGUCUCAAGCCGAUCCGAUAGCUGAUGGGGUAAUGGAGAGACUUCAUACUCUUGAGAACCUUGUGAAAGAGUUGAGCAGCCAGUUGGAACAAGCUAAGUCGGCUGCGGGAGGUUCGUCCGGGAUCGGCUCCCCCCAGGACUCCACGCAUAAUCGACAACCAAACCCUUCUUCUGGAUCCGAUAACGUGCAGAGUCGGCUUGGGAGAUUGGUGCUAGAGGAUUCUAAUCGAAGUCGCUAUGUCAGUAGUGGGUUCUGGUCUCGUGUUAAUGACGAGCUUGAUAGUGCCCACGGGUUUCCUUCGGGUGAUUAUGAGACCUCCGAUGAUGAUUCAUUGCCGGAGAAAACUCCCUCUACUCAGGAGCUUGAACAAACUCCUGCCGCGCGCCAUGGAUUCUUGUUUGGGCACAAUUUGAGUUCUUAUUCCCCCAAUCUCAGCGAGACCCAUCCACUACCCUCCCAAAUCCCAUUCCUUCUAGAUGUGUUCUCUGAAAAUGUGAACAUGAUUAUUCAAGUCGUUCAUCUUCCAACCAUCAGAAAGAUGGUUCGCGACUGGCGCGGCCGUGACAUGAAGGGGCUCGCCCCAGCCCAUGAAGCCUUGAUGUUCUCUAUUUACUACGCAGCUAUAACUUCAAUGGAAGAAGACGAUGUAAUACUUAACUUUGGCGCCACAAAAGCCCAGCUUAAUCUCAGAUACCGCCAAGGCCUGGAGCAUGCUCUUGCAAGAGCUGACUUUCUCAACGUACCGGAUUUGGUAUUGGUACAGGCAUUUUCUAUCUUUCUUGCCCUGGUGCGCCGGCAUGACAGCCCAAGGUUUGUAUGGAUGAUGACCGGGUUGGCAAUCCGAAUGGGCCAAGCUCUAGGGCUACACCGCGAUGGAUCACAUUUUGAUCAUCUCACUCCAUAUGAGAUCGAAAUUAGACGAAGAGUAUGGUGGGUCUUGUGUCUAUUGGAUAUAAGGGCAUCGGAAGACCAAGGAACCGACUACACUAUCCCAAGCGCUAGCUUUGAUACUAGAAUUCCCCUGAAUCUCAAUGAUGGCGAUUUGGACCCUGAAUUCAAGCAAGCGCCCCAAGAACAUGACGGCCUGAGCGAUAUGUCUGUUGCGCGUGUCUCAUUUGGAAUGUGCGACGUGACGCGGCAGAUGAUGGCCCAUGGUUUCAAGGACAAAGCUCCGAGUCCAGAAGAGCAAGGUCGAUUGCUGAACGAGAUGUACCAACGGGCGGAACGAGAUUUCCUUCAGUUCUCGAAAGAAUCAGGAAACCUUGUCCACUGGACUUUGGUGAUAGUUGCCAGACUCACGGUGGCAAAGAUGACAUUGCUAGUCUACUUGCCACUUCUCUUCUCCUCUUCUAAGGAGUUCUCGGAUGAGCUCAGAGCGCGACUGUUGAUCUCCGGGAUCGAAGUUGCGGAAUACAACCAUGCUCUCAACAACGAACAAGCAUGUCGAAACUGGCGCUGGGCUUUCCAAACGUACACCCAUUGGUACUCAAUUGUCUACAUGUUGAUAGAAACCUCCCGACGUCCGUGGUCGCCUAUUUCAGAGAGAGCUUGGGUAUGCCUUCACAGCGUCUGGCUGAUACCAAACCAGUCUCACAUGGAUAAAAAUCUACGCAUCUGGAUUCCUUUGCGAAAACUGAUGGGAAAGGCUCGUAAACAUCGGCAAAUGGAGCUUGAGCGUCUAGGACGUGACCCCGAUGCUGUCCAACUGCUGGAGAAAGAUUACCAAAGUCUGCCGAUUCCGACAAGCUCUGGGCCGUUUCCACCUGGCUCGAACUCCGCAGAUCUGUUUCUCGAACGGUGGCGCGAACUGGUACUUAGUCAAAAUAAUCCGAGGGAUAUCACAGUUACAUCUGGAUUUGGUCACCCAAACUUUGCUACGAAUUUACCUGCUAGUGGGUUUGAAUCAUCUUUCAUGGCUGAGCAAGGAAAUCUUCCGGGCGCGCUAUGGUCUAAAGCCGAUGCUCCUAUCAUGACCUCCGAUACAAGUGUCGGGUUUGAACCAGAGCACCCGUUUAUCCCACUAAGCAACCACUUUUCAACGGCUCCAGCACCAGAAUACGGCGACCCAGGCAUUUCUUCUCGGAUGUGGUUUGACGCGAGCAAACCGAUGGAUUUCGCAAAUUUUGUCCAAGAACCGGCUGAUUGCUAUAUGGAGAUCGACGGGGAAGUGAACUGGUAUAAUUGGGUUGAGUCUGCCAAAGGGGUGGAGUGGGAAGGGAUCGGUGAGAACGCGCAGAGCUAG